ACUGAGUGAGUGAGGAGCUGCGCGCGCCCUCGCCUGCACGCUCGCGCUUUCUCUCUCUCUCGCUCGCGACAUGUGAGCGCGGCUCCGCCACAAGCAGCUGAGAGACAGAGCAGCGCGGUUCUCACAGAGACACUCAGAGGAUGUAGCGUUUCAGAGACUAACAGCACAUUUCUGAGGGAAAACCACGAGCGAGCGGCCAUGACCUCGGUGUGGAAGAGGCUCCAGCGGGUGGGGAAGAGGGCGACCAAGUUCCAGUUCGUGGCGUCUUUCUCCGAGCUGACGGUGGAGUGCACCAAAAAGUGGCAACCAGAUAAACUGAGAGUGGUUUGGACGAGAAGAAACAGACGCAUCUGCACGAAGCUUCAUGGCUGGCAACCAGGCAUCAAGAACCCCUACCGAGGGACGGUGGUGUGGCAGGUGCCUGAGAAUGUGGAGAUUACUGUCACACUCUUCAAGGACCCAAAUGCUGAGGAAUUUGAGGACAAAGAUUGGACAUUCAUCAUUGAAAAUGAGACGAAGGGUCAUCGGAAAGUUCUAGCCUCAGUGGAUGUAAACAUGAAGAAGUAUGCUAAUGCCAGUUCGGCCCAGUUCGACCUGGCACUGCAACUGAAGCCUCUGUCAGUGAAAGUGGUGGAUGCCACGCUGAAGCUCACCCUGACAUGUAUUUUCCUCAAAGAGGGCAAGGCCACUGAUGAGGACAUGCAGAGCUUAGCCAGUCUAAUGAGCCUCAAGCCUUCAGAUAUCGGAAACCUGGAGGACUUUAAUGACAGUGACGAGGAAGACAAGAGGACAAGCACAGGAGCAAACAUCAGCACUGCAGCAACAGCCUCUCAUCCUUCUGUUAGAAGAGUUCAUGAUCAGGCAUGGAGGCCUGCUUCAGGCACAAACCCAUUUACCACAGAGGUGCAUCGACAGUUGAGCAUAUUGACAGAAGAAGAAUAUCCCAGUGCAGGGAAUAGCAGUGAGGAGAAUACAAGCAGUAAAAUUUCAAAUGCUCACAAACCGUCAUCACGAAAAGCUGGAGUCAUCAGCAUUGCCAGUCAGAGACCAGGAGACUCCAAAGAUGAGCAUCCAUCGGUCACAUCUGGCACGAGGAAACAGGAUGGAGAGCCUGUCUUUGGACUGAAGAUUGUGAAGCCAGCACCAGGACCAGAGAGCAUGACCUCUCUACUGCCCCCUAAACCCAAAGCUACCAGUGUCACAGAAGUCAAAUAUUUUGAGUUUCCUAAGUCUGAGGGGGGUGUUGCAGAGAAGACACCUACUGAUGUAAUCCAUCAGAGCUCGCUAACAUCCGGCAUAGUCUCUGAGUCCACUGCUGAAGUCAAAAACACCAAAUCACAAGAGACAACAGAUGCACAGACAAAGCAAGAUGAAGUCCCCCCUGUGAUCCCUGAAACAGAAGACACCUCUAAGCUGCAGGCUGAGUCUGCAGAGAUUCAGAGUGUCCAAACAGAUGAGAAAGAGCUAGCAGAGAAUCUGCUCCCUGAGACUGAAUUAUCAAUUAGCCCAGAAAAGACUAAAAUGGAUCAGGGACCCCAAAGCAUGUCUGCUUUGCUGCCCUUUUGCCCAACAAUGCCCAAUCCUCUUUGGUCACCAUCCAUAUCAACAGAAAAUACGACUGAAAAUCUAGACCGACUUUUGCCAGGGAACAGUUCAGAUAGCAAAAAUGAAAAUACAUGUAUUUUCCCUACGGAUGGCUAUAAAUUAAGUGUAGAAGAUGAACCUGUGACAAUUAGCAUUGAUCCUUUAAGAUGUUCAGAUGACACACACGUUCCAGAGGUUUCAAAACUUCAUGAAACAGAAGUAGAUUUUAGUGCUGAUAUUGAGACAAGUUGUGCCCCUGAAUUGCCAUUUUGGCAGAAUUUAAAAAUAGAGGAAGGUGAACAGAGGGUUCUAAAUGAAAGCCUAUCAGAAGAAAAGAUCAGUGACCAAAAAUCAAGUGAAAUGGUACCUCAGGGUGAGGAAUACCAGGAUGGACACAACUUUGAGCAUAUAAAUCUGAGUGAAAGCACUGUUCCUGAAUCUGUGCCUUUGUCUCAGAUGAUUGAGAACGAACAUUCUCAAAUAGAUACAAAACCCUGUAUGAUCAAUCUUCUUCCAUCUUGUCCAAAUGCUUCACUCAUACCUGGAUUACCAUCCUUGUGUUUGUUGGAACAGUCAACGGAAUGGCCUUCUCUUGAAGGGUCUUUGACUAUUAUACCACACAAAGAGAAAACUGCUAAGAUUAUUUAUGGCUUCGGAGUACAGUAUGAUGACCAGAAAAUAGUCCAAAAAAUGAUUUCACUGAGGCCAACUUGUCCAAGAUCUACUAAUACACCUGGCUUUCCGUCUGUACCAUAUUAUGAAGAUGAUGUACAUGAACCAAACAUGGCUAGUCUUCUUAAAACUUGUCCAAAGGCCUCAAGAGUUCCAGGCUUACCUUCAAAACGACCAGUCAGUGUCCUAGAAGACAAAAGCUGGCCCCAGAACAGUGAGAUCUUUUGGGAAAGAGAAAAUGUACUAAAGAAAAGUCAAACCCAACACCAGCUCACAUUACCAGAGAAUAAAGACUCUGAAUCUCAAGAAAUGUUUCUUAUGAGACCAUCUUGCCCAACAGCAUCUUUGACCGCUGGAUUGCCGUCUGCUCCAAGACCCAAGCCACAAGAACAGCCGAGAAUAGUGAAUAUGUUGCAAUCUUGCCCAAGAAAUUCUGGUAUUGCAGGCUUCCCUUCCACUGUAUUUUCUAAUAUAGACUUAGAUGUCCGACAGUGGCCUUCUGAAAGCACGACGUUACUUCUUAACAUAAAGACCAACGAGCAAACAAAGCCAAUUAAUGAGACAGGUUCACCAUACCAUGAUAUUAGAUUAGUAAAAGAUAUGGUUUCAAUGAGACAAACAUGCCCAAGAGCUGCUACUGUUGCUGGUUUUCCUUCCGGCCCAAAUAUGGCGGAGCUUCAUCCAACGAGUCCCAAUGCAUCAAAUCAUUCAAAUAUGCCUAGCAGUGUAGAGAUGCUGCCAUCUUGCCCAAGCAAUUCCAAAAUUAUAGGAUUUCCUUCCAUAAUGGUUCUGAAAACUGACCAAGAUUUCACCACACAAUGGAAAUCCAACAAGAAUAAAUCAUUGAUUGAAGUUCCAAAGAAAGAAAAGUCACAUAUUGACAAUGUUUCAUUUCAAAUUAUACAGGACAGAUUGAAGGAACCCACUGAUCUUGAAUGGACUAUGGUGGCACUGCUGCCAACAUGUCCUAGAAAAGCACAAACUCCUGGCUUCCCAUCUGCACCAAUCCAAUCAAAUGAAAAUAAAUCACACAAUAUGUCAAGAUUCUUGAAUUCAUGUUCAAAAGUUUCCAGUAUCCAUGGAAUGCCAUCUAUCAUCAACCCUGCAUAUGAUUCGUUAGAUGAACAGCCAUUGGAAAUUAAGCCAUUUUGGAUAAAAGGAAUAAAGAAUGAUUCAUACUCUAUAAAACCCUCGUGUCCACCUCACUAUGAAGUUACAUAUGAUGAUAAUGAGGGCAUUAUAAAGAGCAUGACAUCAUUAAGACCAUCUUGCCCAAUCAAAACAAAAGUCCCUGGUUUUCCUUCAGCACCUCAGCUUACAUCAGAAAAGCAGAUAAAUUUAAGUACACCACCAGACGUUUCUGAAACCAAUGGAUUCAUAUGUUUAGAAACAGCAAGCAAGGCUGAUGUUCCUUUGACAACUGAUAAAAUAUCACUUGUAGACAGCAUCAUCCCUUCAGAACAGAAUGAUACUUUUUGUAAUGCACAGAAUAUUCAAACCAGUAGUUUUAUAUUAAAUGAAAUUACUCAAGAUAACACAGGUGAAUUAGAUGCUAGUUCUCUGGAGGAGACUAAAGAGGAUUUGGGCUUUUGGACAAGAAGCGAUGAAGGAGAAAGGGGAAUUCUGGAAAAUGGGAGAAUGCACUGCAGAAUGUGGCACUCCCUACCUCCAGACAUGCCAUUAUUACUGACUGCUGGAGAGAGAAUUGAAGGCAUAGAUGAUAGGAUCCCAAAUACAGAAGAUUACAUAGAUGCCCCCAAAGAAUACUCUACUAGUGACGAAUGUUCAUUUGAGGAUCUGCAACAAAAAACAGAACAGCUCACGUACAGCCAUGUGAAUACAAGAGAAGUGGUUGAAGAUCCAGAUAAUCUGGUCCUUUCCAAAAUACCAGAGAGAGAGUGGACACCAAACAUGGUGGAGCUCUUUCCGUCAUGUCCAAGAAACUCUAGAGUCCCUGGCCUCCCAUUUACAGCUUUCUCUAACACCUAUCCGACAGGGAAAAUGGACUGGUGCGCAGAUAAAAGAACACUAUGGAUGAAGCCAUUGGUACCAAAACCGUUAGAAUCCAUUCUGUCUAGACCUUACAGUGAAGGAUCUGUGUAUUAUGGAACAGAGAUUGAAAAUAUGUUAUCUCUGGCACAUUCAUGUCCCAGUCAAACCAGUAUUCCAGGCUUUCCCUCUGCCAAAAGGCAGAAGGUUUUAGAAACCUUAAGCCCAAGCAUAAGCACAUCUUGCCCAGAGAUAUCCAGAGUAGCGGGCAUACCUUCAAGAUCCCCAUUUCAAGAGGCUAAACCCCAUGAAGAGUUACUAAACAUGAAACAGUGUCUGUGGGAGAAAAAGUCUCCAAAAGAGGAACUGGAAUCUGUCAUAGAAACACCAGUUCAGCACACUGAGAAUUUGGUAAACAUGUCAGCCCUUGUUCCGACUUGCCCUGAGACGGCACAUAUUCCUGGUUUUCCAUCUGCACCAUAUGGAAAAGAAAGAGAUAGAGUCCAAACAUUGGAAAAGCCAAGUAUGGAUCUACUUUCUUCAGCUGAUCAAACUGUACCUACAGUUCCAGAGAUACCAAGCUGGAACGAAGCACCAAUGGAGCAGCAUUUUGGUCUAAAUGAAUGGUCCAAAGAAGAUAAAGACAAUUUUGAAAAGAGUGUAUGUUUAACUCCCACUGCACCACAAUUCCAAGCACACAUGGAGCCAAAUAUGUCUGAGCUUUUUCCAUCUUGCCCAGUGAUAUCUAGAAUUCCUGGAUAUCCCUCUAAACAGAAUUCUACAGAUAGGAAUGAAGAAUGGCUCAGUCACACAAAAUUUUAUAUCAAAAAGCCACUGAAAGAAGAAAAAGUUGAUAUUUUUGACACUGAUAAGAAUAGUGAGAAUAUCAAAAGUGGUAAUAUAGCUUUAUUACCAACUCUUCCACUUGCAGCAUGCAUUCCAGGUUUGCCAUCUGCACAACGGCAUAACGGUCAAAUGGAGCAAAGCAUGCUUUUGAUUCGUUCCAUUUGCCCAAUGCGCUCCCAUAUAGCUGGAUUUCAAAGUACACUGAUUCAAGUGUCAUCAGAUUGGCCAACCAAUCAGACAAUUUCACACCAGGCUUGGCAAGAUAAGAACCCACCAGUUAUAAUGACUUUGGCCAAAGAGUAUGAAGCAGAUCUAGAAAGGAUGGUUGCUUUGGUGCCAUGCUGUCCAUCAAAAAACACUAUUCCAGGUUUUCCAUCUGUGCCAGAACCACAAAUGCAACGUAUAGUUACAUCCUGCCCCAAAAGUUCCAGAAUUCUUGGAUUCCCCUCAAAAGAGAAAGCAAUGGAUUUCGACUGGAUAGAUGAUAGAACAGUACUGUGGAGUAGUGCACCGAAACCCAUUUCAAGAUUCGAUUUAAUCAAGGACAAAACUUAUGAGAACAGAGAUUUAUUAAAAGGUAUGUUUGCCUUGGCUCCAACUUGUCCAUCACUGGCAUCAAUACCAGGAUUUCCAUCUGUGCCCAAGCCAGACAUAAUUUUUACUAUGGUGAAUAUGCAGCCAUGUCUUCCGAAAAGUUCAGCAAUGAUUGGAUUUCCAUCAAAAGAAGGAAUACAGACAGAAUGGAGUGUGGAAAAAACGACAUUCUGGGAGAAACCAUUAAAGACAAGAUCUGAUCACAGUGCCUCACAGUGUUUCUUAGAUGCAUUAAGUGAGCAAAAAGAUGAUUACACUGAAUUCAUGAAAAGAAUGUUUGCAAUGGCACCAACCUGCCCAUCUGAGGUUCAUACCCCUGGAUUCCCAUCCUUACCUCAAGUCAAAGUUGAGAGUUUCUACUUACGGAAAGAGCCAGAUAUUGAAAAUAUCUUGCAUUCCUGCCCAAGGAUUUCUCUUUUAUCUGGCUUUCCUUCUGUAUAUCCUGUAUUAGAACCAUCAAAACCAGUGGAAGAGAAGCCAAUAUGGGCUAAACCAGAGAAAGACACAGUGAUUUUUAGUAACAUUCAAGAUACAAGUGAAAGGAAAAUCUCAGAAAACAUGGUACUGCUUUUGCCAACAUGUCCUGAUGAGGCUAGGAUUCCCGGAUUUCCGUCUGCAAAUAAAAAACUUAAAAAAGUGGAGUAUGCAGUGAAUGCCCUCGUACCUUCCUGCCCAAAUCUGUCACAUAUUCCUGGAAUGCCAUCUAAAAAACAAGUCGAUCAAAUAGAGAAAGCAAUGCCUGAUUGGCCAACGCUUUGGGAAAAGCCUCUGGCAACAGCAACUCUAGCAGCCUUUGUCAUGACUUUCUCCACAACUGAAGAUGAAUCAAACAUGUUUGCUUUGGUUCCUUGUUGCCCAAAGGAAGCAAAAAGUAUUGGAUUCCCAUCGUUAUCAAUGACUUGUCAUGAUUCUAUACGAACCAAUAAAAACCCAUCCACAUCCAGUCCAAUCCAGACCCCAGUGGACUCAGAAAAUGCAGCCAUUAACCCUUGUAUUAAAACAGAACUGGAUAUAUCAAUGGAAAACAAAGAAUCUGAUAAUCCCAUAGAGACCAAAAAAGCUGCAGAAAUGUCCACAUGUGAAGGUGAAAGUCUCCAGCAAGAACACUCUCUAGUCAUGGAGCCGUCUUCUCCAAGCAAAGCCCAUGAUACCACAGACCUAUCAGAGACUGAUAUAACCUGUGGCUGGGAGGUGCUGGAGGCAGAUGAUCCUGGUACAGGAAAAGAUGAAGCUUCAGGCCUUGUUCAGACCAUAGUUGGUGUUUUUCACAAAGGUUACGAGACUGUAGCUGCCAUGUUGCAGCCCACUGGUUCAGGAACAGUUGAGGACCCCUCUGAUUCAGGAGAGCCUGAAACCAGCAUUCAUGUCCAACCCAAAGAACCUCCUUGUGAACUCUCUGAACCUGCAGAGGAAGAGAGAGUUCUGAAGAAAAUGUUACCCGCAUCAUCAUCUCAGCCUCACUUCCCCACAAGUGCUGAGCCAUACAUGUGCCGCUUGUUUGAUGUCCGAUCUGAAUUAUCUUUAUCCUCCAAAAUUGCUGAAAGCUGGUUUAGUGAGGAGGGGGAUUAUAGCCUGAUGAAGAAGUGGCCCCCACUAACAGAGGCUGACCUACAUAAGAUCACUAAAGAAGAGGAGGACAACCCAGUGCUGGAUAUUCAGACACAAGACAGCAGAGCAUCCCUCAAAGGACACUUUAUUGAUCUCAGCAUGAGUGGUAAAGAAGAGCUCUUUAUUAAUCCUAAUGUUGAGCUCGGUGCAGCCGUGUCAACUUCAAUAUUGAUGGAGAAAGGGACUGAGAAACAUAGAGCUCAAGAAGUGUCAACUUACGAGUUCCUCCAACCUGCAAGUGGCAAGUCACUGAGGGAGACCUUUUCUCUACCAUCUCUGCGAAAACUUGAGGAGGCUGGUGAUGAUGAGAACCAGCCGGUACCACCACUGCGUGUCCGAAAGAAGGACAGCCUUCAAGAGACACCUCAAACAGUAGCCGCCGAUGACCAAGAACCCAUCACUCCUACAAUUCCAACAGUUGUUCCCCCUUGUCGCAGUAAGAAACAUACUGUUCCGAUUGAGAAGUCUGGAAUAGAAGGAAAUCUUCAGAUUGAAGAAGUCUCUGUUGUAAGAAAUGUGUCCCAGAGCAUUGAGGAUGCUAAUCCUAAAUCUACCAAUGAAGCUGAGCAGGUGGACAAAGGUGAACACAAGGAUGUUGUUCUCAAACCUUCAGAAGAAAGCCCAGUCUCAAAAGAGGAAGAUUCUGUAGCUAAAAACUAUCCACCCGUUCCUGUUGAUUUACCAGUCCCAGUUCCUCGAGCAAAGAAACGGCUUAGUGGUUCUUUCUUCGAUAACCCAGACGUUUCUUUGGAAAGUGAAAAGGCUAAGACACAGGUGGCCACUGAUGGAAUUCUAGGAUCUACCAGUAAAGAGCUACCAGAACUAGUGUUUGUGUCUCCUCAGGAAAAAGACCAUUCUUUGUUGUCUUCUCAAGAUGAAGUGUUUCCAGCAGCCUUAACACGUGUUCCUCCCAAACGUAGGAAAUCAAAUAGAGGUGACUCUGAAAGACUCACAAGAGCAACCACUGAUACCCAGACAAGUGAGGAGCAGACAGACAAACAACAGCCAAUAACAACUAGCAGUGAAAUCAAAUCCACUGAAGAGAAUUCAAGCCAGGCAAACAUGACAGAUCUUCUAGUCCCAGUGCCACGUUUGAAGAAACGAAUCAGUGGUUCUUUAAAUGCUGACAUUCCAACUUCACCAACCUGCCCUUCGUACCUAACAGCAGAUACAAAUACAGACAAAGAGGUCCUUCAGGAGAACCAAAGUGACUUGAAUUUACCUGUUCCAAUUCCUCGUUCAAAGAAACGCCUCAGUGGAACCUUUAUGGAGGAAAUCUGUAGAUCUGAGAAAGAGCAAAACGAGACUCCCCUGUUACCGAACGAAGAGGAAAAUGUGGGAGACAAAGUGGAAAAAAUUGAAGGCCUACCUGUUCCAAUUCCUCGUUCAAAGAAGCGACUCAGUGGUUCCUUUAUGGAGCAAACAUUGGUUUUUGAGCAAGGGCAAAAGGAAGAGACAGAACUGUCUCUAAACAAAGAGGAAAAUGUGGUAGAUAAAGGGGAAAAAGUGGAAGGCCUACCUGUUCCUAUUCCUCGUUCAAAGAAGCGCCUCAGUGGUUCCUUUAUGGAGGAAAUCUCGGCCUCUGAACAAGAGCAAAAAGAAGAGAUAUCCCUGUUACUGAACGAAGGCGAACAUCAGGUAGAUCUACCUGCUCUAGUCCCUCGUUCAAAGAAGCAUCCCAGUGGCAUCUUUAUGGAGGGAAUCAAGAUUUCUGAGCAAGAGCAUAAAGAAGAAACAUCCCUGUUACUGAAUGAAGGGGAAAAAGAGGUAGGCCUACCUGUUCCAGUUCCUCGUUCAAAGAAGCGUCUCAGUGCAUCUUUCUCAGAUGAUAGCAACCCUGGAGACAAACAGACAUCAUCUUUAGUUUACGCAACUGAAAGCAAAGCUCUUCUAGAAGUGUCCUCGGACAGUAUCCAUGGGCAUGAACAAAAGCAGAAAGAAUCUUCUGACAACCUAAAAGAUGAAGAAAAUGAAAAUAAGAAAGUGGAUACGAUCUGUCCAGAACCUCCCUCCGAUACUCAUGAAGACAGCAGACAACUGGUUGAAGAUGCUUUCGAAACUGCUAUCUCAAGUGACUCUAGCAUAAUGACUUUACUAAAUACUGGUGGUGUGAAAGACAAAGAGGAGGAUAUAGAACUAAACAAGAAGGAGAAAGGAGAGGAUAAGGUUCCUUUGGGCUCGGUUUCUUUAGAUGAGGCUGCUGUUGCCUUAGAUUUGUCAAGGCAAGGAGCAGCUGAAGAUUCUUCAGAUCGACCUGUUCCAGUGUCUCGUGUAAAGAAACGUCUCAGCGGCUCAUUCCCAGACAACACUGCAACUUCCACUAACGAGUCAUCCCACCAGCAGGGGUCUUCUGGUCAGAAUGUUCCUGAACCACUUGUGCCCGUUCGCAGCAAGAGGAAAACAGAGACCGAAGCCAUUGGUCCUUUAGACAACAGUGCUUCAGCCAGUGACACAGAGGCAGUGAACCUUGUGGAUUCAAGCCAGUCUCUCCUAGAGUGGUGCCAAAAGGUCACAGAAGGUUAUAAAGGCGUAAGGAUCACUAACUUCAGCACCUCGUGGCGAAAUGGACUUGCUUUCUGUGCCAUCUUGCAUCAUUUCUAUCCUGAUAAAGUAGAGUAUGAAAUGUUGGAUCCUUAUGACAUCAAAAAGAACAACAAAAAGGCUUUUGAUGGCUUUGCUUCCCUGGGAAUCUCCAGGCUGAUGGAGUCCUCCGACAUGGUGCUGCUGGCCGUACCUGACCGGCUCAUUGUUAUGACGUACCUUAACCAGAUCCGGACGCACUUCACUGGCCAGGAGCUCAGUGUGGUGCAGAUAGGAAAAAACAUCAGCGAGUCCAGCUAUGUGGUUGGGGAGAAGAUACAGGAAGCGGACCCUGAUGCUGCUGUUCGCUAUUGUACUGAGAGACUGCAGAGUGGCUACGGCUCUCAAGAGACCAAUGGGAAUGUCUCUGAUAAAGGGACAAAGGUGGAUUCUGAUACCAGUAAGAGUGUGGUGGCUCCACCUCGGACUAAGCGGACUCAAGGGCCGACUCAGGCAGGAGGCUCAGGAGGAGCCCAGGCACCAGUGGCCCCACCAAGAAGUCACACGGGAUCCAUCAAGGGCUUUUCUCAUGUCAGAGACGCAGAUCUGGUGAAAAAGCGAAGAUCCCAGCUGAGAGGGGAGUCUUUUGACGAGGCUGAACUGUCUGAGAAAAGUACAGCAGCAGAGAGUCAGCCUUCAGCUCAUGUUGAAAGUGAAGCAUCCAAAGGACGAUCAGCAUCACCAGAAAACGUUGAGAGUGGUGAAGAAGGAACUGCAGCAGAAAGACAGGAUGUGAGUCAGUAUGUCCUGAGUGAGAUACAGGCAUUAGAGAUGGAGCAGAGGCAGAUAGAUCAGAGGGCUGGUACUGUGGAGAGAAAACUACGAAGACUUCUGGAGUCUGGCAGUGACCGUGAGGAGGAAGAGAAAUUGAUUCAGGAGUGGUUCACCCUGGUUAACAAGAAAAACGCCCUAAUCAGGAGACAGGAUCAUCUCCAGCUACUGCAAGAGGAGCAGGAUUUGGAGAUAAAGUUUGAACUGCUAAAAAAGGAGCUUAGAGACCUUAUGGCUGUAGAGGAAUGGCAGAAGACACAGGCUCAUAAAACCAGAGAGCAGUUGCUGCUGCAGGAACUUGUGGCUCUUGUUAACCAGAGAGAUGAGCUGGUCCAUGACAUUGACGCCAAAGAGAGAGGGGCACUGGAAGAAGACGAGCGAUUGGAGAGAGGUUUGCAGCAGAGACGCAGGAAGUACAGCAGUCGGAAAGAAAAGUGCAUUUUACAGUGAGGGAAUGUGGAUUUCUUCGUGAAUAAGAAGUAUAAGCAAGUGUAAAAUGGUCAAAGAUGGUGUUCUAAUAGCUACUUCUUUGCACUGUGCCAAAUUUGCAAACACUGCAAAGCAGAAAAGUGAGGGUGAAAAUGCUGGAUACUGCCUUCCAGAGAAAGAGGAUGUUAAAGUAAAACAGAGAAACCACAGUGGAAGAAUUCAGGGCCGAGGAGUGGAUUGAAAUGGCACGUUUUAAUCCUGUUUUGUUAGUGAAAAACAAGCUGUAUUUUAAUAGGUCAUACACUGCCGUGUCUUUGUUCAUUUGCAAGCAAUUUUAGUCAAAUCAGUUGGAGAGCAGUUCUUAAAUGUUGAGACAAUUUCAAGUUUGUACGUUUUUAAAAGUGGAAGAUGAAUUUUGAAUUUUGCAGUUUAAAUAUUGUUACAUUUUACUCAUAGAGUAUGGAGUAUACAGCUGAGGCCUUGCAGUGAUUUAGCCUUAUCGUUGUAUCCUUGCUACAAAAGGAAUUACCAAAGGAAAAUCUUGCUAACUGUACACUUUAGUAGCAUGGGUACAGUCAAAGAAGUGAAGUUUACUUGUUGUUGGUUGGAAUUUCUUGAUUCUGCUCAUUGAUUGGGCUUUCAAACAAGAAGUUGGCAAACCAAAGAGAAGCCCAUCUACUAGUCGAUGGUUUCAAAUACAAUAAAUAAAUACAUGCCUUAACAAUCUAAACCAGGUCUCAGGACCACCACCUUUGUUUGAGUAGUAGCUGUUUAGUGCACAUACUGUUAUAAAGUAUUUAUUAUUACAGUUUUGGAUUGUAUAUGUUUGUAUGUUGGAAUAUAAAUACAGAAAUAUGUUUAAAGCCCCCAUGUGACUAAUAAACAGAAACUGUAACAUUUUCAUUUUAUUUCUUACUCUGUGUUUACCAAGAUUUUACAAGCCAUUACUACAGACUUGAUGUGUUGAGUGAAAAAAAAACUGUGGUGACUCUUUCUGAGAAACCUCCACAGUAACAGUAUUAUUUUUGAAAUAUUCAUGACAGGAAAACUAGAGGAUUGGUUUAAUAUGGUUAAUGUACUGUUGUGAGAAUGUAUGUGUUUCUGAUUGUUAUUAUUUUAUUUUAAGGUAUGGUAUAGUCCUGGGUUUUUUAUGUGUUCUCCGCACUGUCACCUGUUGUGUCUCAUGUUGUUAAAUUAACUUUUAAAGUCUUGUUCACUGAUGAUGUUCUGCACAUUUAGAAUUGCACUAUUCGUAAAUCUGCUUUUGAAAAUAAUAAAAAAGUUGAAAAAUAAAGAUUAUUUUAUGUUU